CGCCCGCCCGCCGGCCUAGCCGCCGCCUCCCUCGCUCCCUGAGCGCGCCAAGCGCGGGCCAGCGGCCGGGGCAGAGGCCCGGGUCGACGCGUCGCGGAGAGGGCGGGCGGGCGGGCGGGCUGUGGGAGCGCCGGUCUCUAUAUGGCGGCGGCUCUGUCGGGCCUGGCUGUCCGGCUCUCGCGCUCGGCCGCCGCCCGCUCCUAUGGGGUCUUCUGCAAGGGGCUGACUCGCACGCUGCUCAUCUUCUUCGACCUGGCCUGGCGGCUGCGCAUCAACUUCCCCUACCUCUACAUCGUGGCUUCCAUGAUGCUCAACGUCCGCCUGCAGGUUCAUAUUGAGAUCCACUGAAGGCCCUCCCCUGACCGAUGAAGGCGUGACCUCAGGCUCACUGCAUCCAGGAACACAAAGCAUGAGGGAUAGAAGAAAGCCUCUUGGCACCUGCCUGGAAAAAGUGAAGUGGGAGGGAGGAGAUGACUCAGACAAACCAUUAUAUAGCCUUAAGAAAAGAACACAGGAGGAGAGCCCUUGUCCAGCAGAUACAUCUUCCUGGAUGAAUAAGCUUACAGUUGAUGUAAAUGGAAAUUCACAAACUGAGACGUUAUCAUUGCAAAUGAAAAAUGAUCUGAGUGGGGCUGACCUCUUGCUUCACAAUGGCAACAAAGUGCUUCCGUAUUUAAAAGAAUCAAUAAGAAGAAAUUCGGCUUCAGCAGGCACUCCAAGCAAGGCCGUGAGUCUGUUCUCUGUUCCUGCAGAAGAGUGUUUUCCUGGAGUGUCCUGCGGUGUUGGGGAAGCUCUGGGGAGGGACUGGCUGAGAAGAGGGCCCCGGGCCACGGACAGCCACAGAGGACAGUGCUCCAAAGGAGAACCUUGGGUGUCAGGACUGCCAUGCCAUCAAGAACUGUUGGAAAUGGGAAUUUUUAAGGAUGACCCACCAAGUGCUUUUCCUGAGGGGCUGGGCUGUGAGUUGGAACCGUCUUGCCUGCAUUCCGUCCUGUCUGCAAUGCUGCACGCAAAUCCUGAAGUACUCCUGAAUGAUGAGACAAAACAUGUUUUUCUUGAACAUUUAAAGCCCAUGUUUUCAGAGCAAACAAUAGGAUACAGGAAAAUGCUUUCAAGUGUAAAAAGUACCUCAGAUGGUCUGCAGAUAACAUGGGGGUUACUGGCUCUAUGACCUUUUGAAUUAGCAAAUCCAUUAUGCCAUAGGUAAGGUACAAGCAGAACAAUAAAAAUAGAUUAAUUUUAAAAGUUGUCUUAGAAUGAUUUCUUUCGCAUUAAAUCUGGAUGCAUACCAGGCAGCCCUUAAGUUCCUGCUUUGGUUUGUAUGGCCAAAGUAAGUCGAGCUUUAACUCAGAAGCUGGUUGAUGCAGAAGGAAAUUUUCGAGUAUGUUUUAAAUUAUGCUUGAAAGACACUCAGGAUUGGGAAAACAUUCAGGAGAAUAUUGAUAUAGCCUAUAUAAAUAUCAGAUUAGAACAUUUUGAUUUAACAUGAAGUUCUCUACAUAUCUUUAAUACCCAUUCUAAAGGGCUACUGUCCCAAAUGCUGUGGGUCUCUUAAGCUUGUCUCUGAUCACCUAAUGGAAGUGGAUAUUUGUAAAGUCUACCCCCCUGUACUUUUACUAAGCCUUGCUGAGUUCAUGGUAAGCCGUUAUCAUUUCUGCAUUUUGUAGAAUGAUUUUGGUCUGCAGCAAAAUUUGAUUUCCUUUCUCACACCCCUUUGCUUCCACUUGAAAUGCAAUUUAGAUGGAGGUCCUAUGGUGAAAGUUGCAAUAUUAAACUUACCUUUAGAAUAAUCCUUUCUCAAACUCCUUAAAUAUAAAAAGGAGCUUGAGACUAUUUGGUGUAGCUCAGUUAUAGAGAGGCAAAUCAAGUGUUUCCCUUAUAAAAAGUUCCCAGGUUCUAGGAACUGAGGUAUCUUUUACACUAAGAUUUUUCUGAGGUAACUCCUUUUGUUGUUUGUUGAUAACUUUAAUAAAGGUCAUUUAAGGGUGUAAGUUUUUAAGGACUCCCAAAGUGAGACUUAAACAUUUUGGGGAUUAUUAAUUGCAUAUAUCAGUUUAUAUUGUGUGCUAAAUUACUAUGCUGUGUGCUAUUUUAGUGUUUUGGGAAAAUGAAAAAUAAAAUUUGUUCUUUAGUAUAAUAAAUAUGUCUUAUUUUA